UAUCUUUCGUCUGUGGGCUUGGCGGUUAUCCGAUUGAUACGCCAAGCGAUAUCUUUCUUCCUCAUAUGAUCCUGAGAAGAACUGUAAAGCCUGCUGACGAAGAUUCCUUGUAGUUCUUCUCUUCACUCUUCCAAUCGAAGCGAUCCUAUCUUCUCCCUUUCAAUCAUUAAUCUAUUUGAUUCCUUUUUAAUUUAAUAUUAAGUUCAGUUCUUGUUCUUCUUCUUCAUCUAAUCUGAUAAUGGUGGAGGGAAAACUAGGGGCGAGAGAUAAGCAACGAGGUCAACAGAUCGUUCUGUAGCAGUUGAGCCUGGAGAGAAGAAGAAAACCAUGGCAAAUCUCUAUUGAUAAUGUAGCCGCCUAUACGAAAAGAAAUCAAAUGGAGUAGCUUCAAUAUUUGGUUUGGCUGGUUCUUUAAAAGGCAAAGGUUGGAUUUACUUGAAAUAUAUGAGCUGUUGUUACUUUUUUGUUCUUGUUUGUGUUCUUCUAUUGGAGACUAGAUUAGAGUUUCAAGAAUUGAUUUGAUACACAAAAUCUGAAAUAAUAUAUACCAUUUAUAAAGGAAUUGAGGGUUUUGGAGCUGGAAAAAUUGUAGGAGUGGGGUUAUUGAGGUAAUAUCAAUUCGUCUGAUCGUAGUAUUGUUAGUUUUCGAUGUGAAUGGGAACGAAUUUGAAGUUAGAAUCCUAGUGCUGGAGCUGAGUUUUAUGAGAAAAAACAAUUCUCCUAAUUUUCAGUAUAAAGGCUUGUGGUUGGCAGUCGGUGCUGUGGGGAAGUAAUGGAAGAAGUAUCGAAUCAUCAAAUACACGAUCAGCAAGCAACCAGUGAGAAUUCGUCGAAUUCAGGUGGUGCGGUUGCAUCUGAGACUGUAAUUGUGGUAAGAUCUGAAGAAGCUGCUAGUGUUAGUGCAGAAGAUGGAGAUUCAAAACCAGUGGUCUAUGUAUUGGAAACAAGUGAGGUGUUUGCGGAAGAACAAAAGGCGUGUGUUUCUGAACCAGAUAGACAUACUAGUGCCGUUGAUGUUAAAUGCAGUGGUGGAACAGUGAGCAGUGAAGAUUGGGAUAGUGAGAAGAUUUGUAGGAUCUGCCAUUUAAGUUCCGAGCAGUCAUCUGAUAUGACAGAUCUUAUUCAUCUUGGUUGUGGCUGUAAAGACGAACUUGGCUUUGCACAUCAUCACUGUGCUGAGACCUGGUUUAGAUUAAAAGGAAACAGGUGUUGCGAAAUUUGUGGUGAGACUGCAAAAAAUAUCACAGGUGUGGGCAACAACAGAUCCAUGGAAGAAUGGAACCAAAGGAGAUAUGUUUCCAACACUACCAACCCCUCAAGAAGGUGUGCAGGAUGCUGGCAAGGACAGCCAUUUUGUAACUUCCUGAUGGCAUGCCUGGUAAUAGCUUUUAUGCUUCCAUGGUUUUUCCGUGUAAAUUUGUUUUGACAGGGAUAUGAACCAGAGAUGUAACUUGUUCAUCAAACAUGAUUCUGCCUCAUCGUAUGUGGGUAUCGGUGUGUUUUAUGGCUGGAUGUUAUGGUGUGAUUUUAUCCAGUCAAUACAUCUUAGUGCUUUGAUUUCAAUGACAUGGUAUGGAAAAUGAGCCUUGGGUACAUCCAUCAAUAUUCCCAAGCCUCAAGAGUUUGAAGGUAUGGAUUCUUGGAUUCAGUACCAACAUCUGAUGUGGCAUUAGUCAAUCAAGCAAUCUAGCAAGAAGUAGUGCAGUGAUUAUUGCAAGGUUGCAAUGAGGUUGCUCGGCCAUGUUUUCAAAUAUUUGUAAGGAAAAAGCAGACAUACAACUUGGUUAGGCAACGAUACCCUCUUCUUAUUUUAUUUCUUUUGGGACAACUUCUCAGUCAUUCAUUGUAAAUAUGAAAUCAACCUUAUUAUUGAUGUAGUUUUAGAGAUUUGUCUGCAAAUAAUGAUUAUCUCCAUUUUUUUUUUUU